AACGGGCCACACAAGCAAAAAGAAUUAGCAUGGUAGUCCCUGGAUAGAUAGAUGGUAUUGUGUUGCCUGAUAGACAGUGGCAGCAGAUCAGCUGUUGGGGAAACUUGAGGAUUUUGUGAAAAUGUUGUCUUCCCUGGCCAAGACCCUCGCCUCGGUGAGAGGUGUGCGCCACAUCCACCGGAGUGCUGCUGCUUCUAGUGACGCCCUCUUUUCUCAUGUAGAUACGCCCGAGAACAAUGUUGACACUCCAUUUGAGUUUACUCCAGAAAAUUUAAAGCGGGCAAAGGCAAUUAUGUCAAUCUAUCCAGAUGGUCACAAAAAAGCGGCUGUUAUUCCUUUAUUGGAUCUGGCACAACGUCAGGUUGGCAAUUGGCUCCCAAUAUCGGCUAUGCAUGCAGUGGCAAGCUUGUUGCAGAUGCCAAGAAUGAGAGUUUAUGAAGUUGCAACUUUCUACACUAUGUUUGUGAGGGACCCGGUUGGUAAAUACCAUGUCCAGGUAUGUACCAACACCCCAUGCUGGUUACGGGGAUCGGAUGACAUUAUGGCAGCAGUCCAGGAAAAACUUGGUAUUAAAACAGGAGAGACGACAAAAGAUGGCCUAUUCACACUUUCCGAGAUGGAGUGCCUUGGUGCCUGUGUUAAUGCACCCAUGAUUCAGAUCAAUGAUGACUAUUAUGAAGAUCUUCAGGUAUCAGAUACACAAGAAAUUUUAGAUACUUUGGCUGCUGGGAAGAAGCCUAAAGCUGGCCCCCGAAAUGGUCGCUUUGCUGCUGAACCCCUUGGAGGCCUUACCUCUCUCACUGGUCCCCCUCCAGGACCAGGUUUUAAGGUUCGUGAUGAUUUAUGAAGUACACUAUACAUACUAUGUAUAACGGGACUGUGGAAGUCGGCAUUGGCGAUUAUAUCUGCACUGGUUUGUAAAUGUAUGGUGAUUUUUGCAGUUAAAUAAUAAAGUUAGAUUUCUGUAAAUACUGUAGUAAAAUAAAAUUGUAAUCAAUUGA